AUGUUGAUAAAUAUCAGCACUCAAGAUGAAACAGGCAAAACCACAGUUUUUUCGGUGGACAUUUCCAAAAAAGCCCUAGUCUGUGAAUUAAAGGCGAAAAUAGCUGAUAAAAUAAAAAUUAAAAGUUCCCGACAAAGGUUGAUUUACUUCGGUAAAAGUCUAGAAGAUUCCGUUGAAUUAGUAGAUUAUAAAAUCAUCCAUGGAGGUACGAUUAUUUUGUCCAUUAGACCGGAUAUACAAACCGAUGAUGAAUCGAAAUGUGACAAACAACCUGAGAACGAUGAAUUCGUCGAGGUAGAAAGCAAAUAUUACAAAAAAGGCGAUUUUGUGGACGUCUUACUAAGUGACACGGGAGCCUGGUACGAAGGAGUAAUACAGAAAAUAUCUAUAAACAACAAAGAAGCAUUCGAUGAAGAAAAAAUAUUAUUUAACGUAAUAAGUUCCGAACACAUUGUGCCUGCCUUCGACGUAGAGGUAUAUCCCAAAAACCUCAGACCCAGAUCUUACUAUAACUACAAACCUGAUGAAUUACAAAUAGAUUUAGUCGUAUUAGCAAACUAUAACCUGGAAGAUAAGAAAUCACGAGGGCUUUGGUACGAUUUCAAAAUUAACGAAUUAACGAGAACCAAAAUAACUGGUACGAUACACUUAGGUAACGAUGAAGCACCGAUAGAAGAUUGUUCGAUUGAAUUUAGAAACGAAUUGAUGAGAAUUGAAGAAGCUAAACCUUUGGCUGACUGUCCUCAAAAUGAAAAUAUCACUUAUGUCCCUAGGAAGUACCCGUACUACUGCGACAAAUGCCUCGACGAUAAAAAGAAAAAAUGCGACAAAUGCGGCUGCAAAGUCUGCAAAGGUAAAGAAAAUUACAAUAAAAUUUUAUUAUGCGACGAAUGUGAUGACGAAUAUCACACUUACUGUUUGGACCCUCCGUUGGAAAAUAUCCCAGACGAUGACUGGUACUGCCCGACGUGCAAAGUUGACCAAUCGGAGAUAAUGACAACAGGCGAAUUUAGGCUUACCAAGAGACAGGCCAAGAUGCCAAACAAACAGUCGACAUCGACCCGAGACUGGGGCAAAGGCAUGGCUUGCGCCGGAAGAAGUACCAUCUGUACCAUCGUACCGAAGAACCAUUUCGGACCCAUUCCUGGCAUCGAUGUCGGUACACGUUGGAUGUUUCGUGUCCAGGUAUCCGAAGCGGGGGUUCACCGGCCUUCAGUCAGCGGCAUUCACGGCGUAGCGAACGAGGGCGCUUUUUCGUUGGUCCUCAGCGGUGGCUACGAAGACGACGUCGACACCGGCUACGAGUUCCUCUACACGGGCAGCGGAGGGCGAGAUUUGUCCGGCAACAAACGCGUCAACGUGCAAAGCUGCGAUCAAACAUUGACCGGUUGCAACAAAGCGUUGGCGUUGAAUUGUCACGCAGCGUUUAACGAAAAAGGCGCCCACGCUGACGAUUGGACAAAAGGAAAACCCAUCAGGGUGGUCAGGAAUUACAAAGCUCGAAAGCAUUCCAAGUACGCGCCUUUGGAGGGAAAUAGGUACGAUGGUAUUUACAAAGUGGUUAAAUAUUACCCGGAAAAAGGUUUAUCAGGUUUUAUCGUUUGGAAGUAUUUGCUGAGAAGAGACGAUCCUGCGCCUGCGCCUUGGGAGAAAGCCGGACAAGAAUUGGAUAUGAUUUAUCCUCCUUUGUAUUUGGAAAAUCGAAGUGAGAAGAAAAAGGACGGUGGUGGCAAAAGGAAGAAACAAACUGAUCUUUUGAAGCACGUGAAGAAGGCCAAAUUGGAAUAUACGUUACCCGACGAAGUAAAAAAACUUAUAGAGAAAGACAAAUUGAAUAGUAAAUAUUGGAAUGAGUGUAGCACAUAUUUGACGAAGGGAAAAUCCGACUAUUUAGUGAAGGUUCAGGAAAUGUUUACAUGUAUUUGUUGUCAAGAUCUCGUUUUCGAUCCAGUAACGCUCGAAUGUACCCACAGUUUUUGCAAGGGAUGCAUGAAGAGGUCCUUCAAAUGCAAAUUGUUCUCGUGCCCUUGUUGUAGAGGAGAACUCGGCGAGAAUUAUAAAUUGGAAAUAAACGAAAACUUUAGUCAAGCGUUAAAAUUGUUAUUUCCUGGAUAUGGACCGUGA